AUGGAGAAGAUAUCAUCGCCACCCAAGAGCAGUUGCGUCACGGCAACACUCGAUCGUAUUUGGGAUCUCAAAUUCAAGUCACCAGUCCCGAAUCCGGAUUAUCCACCCAUCUCGAGCAUCCCCCGGACGUCCCCAGAGCGGAUCCAGCGCGCAACAGCAAAGGGUACUAUUGUCGAUCAUAUCCCAUCCUCAUCACCAGCAGCGAAUGACUAUCUCUACGAUCAUACUGCCUUCGUCCCAACCGUCCUCUACCUCGCAUACGGCUCCAACCUAUGUGCCCAGACUUUUCUCGGCCAGCGCGGCAUUCGCCCUAUCUCCGCUAUCAACGUCUCCGCCCCUUCUCUCCGACUUACCUUCGAUCUUGCCGGCAUUCCCUACACGGAGCCAUGCUUCGCCAACACCGCUCUGCGAAAGAUACCGAAGCACCCACCGAUCCCGGAUCCACCGGGGCAGGUGCCCGAACUCCCUCACCCGCCCCCAUACAGAUUCCCUCCGAAGGCCAACGAGCAUGAGAGAAUGUCCCAGGAGGAUCAGAUUAUGACUCCAAUCCCUAGCGGAGUGCACAAAGAUGUCAACAAGAAUGCACACGGCGAUCCGGAGUGGGACAAGGGCCUUAUCGGCGUAGUCUACGAAGUCACACCCGAGGACUACGCGAUGAUCGUCAAGACCGAGGGCGGGGGUGCUGCGUAUCAGGAUAUACUGGUACCGUGCAUCGCUAUCCCGAACAAGGUCGGAAUCCCGGAGGAUCCACCUAUUCCAGAGCUUCCGAAGCCUUUCUUCGUGCACACGCUUUACGCACCCCGGAUACCGAAGAAGCCGGGCGAUGGAGAUGAUGACGGCGGAGAAGGCAAGACUGCCAUAGUCCGAGAUGAAGAUGAUGACGGUGGAGAUGGCGAUGAAGACGACAAGAGCCCGCUCGAAAGGCUCAAAGAAUGGUGGCAGAACAUGCUGCUCCAGCCCAUCCGGCCCGACCCGGAGUACGCGCAGCCUUCAGCGCGGUACCUGAAGCUCAUCACGGACGGCGCUGCGGAACACGGCCUGCCCGAUGAGUAUCAGGAGUGGCUGGCGAAGCUACAGCCGUACACGAUCACGUCGAGACGGCAGACGAUAGGGCAGUACCUGUUCGUCGGUGUGUUUCUGCCUGUCAUGGCUCUUUUCCGGGAGCUGAGCAAACGUCUGGCGGAUGACAGGGGCAAGAUCCCGGUGUGGUUGGGACUGGUUCUGGAGACUUUGUUUCACUUGGUCUGGCUUGGAUAUGACAGAGUCUUCAAGCCGCUGUUUGGGGAUGGAGAGAGGACUGAGGACGGUGAGGAGUGGCUAAGACGUCGUGGUACAAGGAGAGUGCUGAGAAAGCCAAGAGUUGGCGGCCACGAAGAGAAACUACGAUUGCUGGAUGAUGAAGUCUAA